GUUUUGUGAUGAAGGGGAAAAUUGUAAGCGCUCGAAAACGACUUUCGCACAUUAUUCGGAGGGCUAAACUUUUGGGAAUAGAUCUCCAGGAUUCGCACUCGACUACGUUGCUGAGGCAGUCUUGCUGCUCCACGGAAACUUCUGCCUCAACGUGUCUUCUGGUGCUCAGCAUCAGUUUUCUCACUCUAGUUUUCACUUGGGCACUUGGACACUAUAUUUGUCCUCCAGUGCAAUGUACUUCCCCGAAAUUCCAGGAUCUCCACAUAAAGACUUUGAACUGGCGUCUGCCUCGUGACGAAGGUGUAGAACAUUUAGACAUUAUGGACUUGAACCUUCGAACAUCAAACCUCUCAGAACUAUCGACAAUCCAUAAACCUCCGGAAAGUCAUCACGUUGAACACAACUGUGUAGAAUUAGACUUCAUUGGUUAUAACAGUGAGAAUGAAGAUUUAUGAGAAGUAAAUACAAUCACUUU